AUGAAAACCUUCGCACUUCUCGUAGCUCUGGUCGCAGUCGUUAGCGCGGAAUGGAUCGAUAUCGAUUGGUCCAAGGUGCGCCCGAUCGAGGAGUUCGAUCACUACUGGGAGCGUCUACCAGCGGAGUUGCAGGUCUACCGCAACAUUAGACCAUCUCCCCGCAUCACCAACGGAUUUGAGGCCACUCCCGGACAGUUCCCGUACCAGAUUGCGUUGCUGAGCGAGUUCAUCAUCACCAGUGGCUUGUGCGGAGGUUCCGUCUUGACCAAUAACUUCAUCCUGACCGCUGCUCACUGCGUUGUCGGCACUGCGGGCAUCCUUGCCACCGGUGGAACCGCUAUCAUGGGUGCACACAACCGCAACAUCGAGGAGCCCACCCAGCAGCGUAUUCGCUUCAGCGGUUCGGGAGUAUUCCCCCAUCCUCAGUACACGAGCGCCAAUAUUCGUAACGAUGUCGCUGUGGUCCGUCUGGAUUCCCCCAUCACCUUCAACGCCCGCGUACAGCCCGCUCGUCUGCCAGCCCGUUCCGAUACCCGCCAGUUUGGUGGAUUCUUGGGAACUGUCUCCGGAUUCGGUCGCACGUCGGACGCCAGCCAGGCUACGUCGGCUGUUGUAAUGUACACCACGAACCCGGUCAUGACAAACGCUGACUGCAUUGCCCAAUGGAAUGCCGUCUUGAUUGAGCCCCAGAAUGUGUGCCUCAGUGGAGCUGAUGGUCGCUCGGCCUGCAACGGUGACUCUGGUGGCCCACUGGCCGUCCAGGAUGGUGGCAGCAGGCAGAUCGGCAUUGUGUCCUUCGGAUCGGCCGCUGGUUGUUCCAUUGGCAUGCCAUCCGUGUACGCCCGUGUGUCUAACUUCCUCAACUUCAUCGAGGCCAAUUCCGACUUUGUUGCCGAAGCCUAA